AUGCCGAGAUCACCUUCUAGUCAUCGUACAAGCUUUAUCGUACGAUCGGCAUUCACUUCGCCUCUCGGGACAAUGCUACACCUGGUCUGCCUAGCUUUACUGUGUCAUGUUGCCCGUGGUCUCCCAACCCAGGCAAGCCAUAAUGCACAACCAGUGAUCAACCUCGGCUAUGCCAGAUAUCGAGGUGUGCGUCUCGAAGCUGGAGUUGACGAGUUUCUUGGGAUGCGCUAUGCAUCUCCGCCUAUCGGUGAUCUAAGAUUUCGAGCGCCCCAAGAUCCGCCUGCAAACCAGACGCUACAAAGUGCCACGGAGUACGGGCCAAUUUGCAUUGGCCUAGACGAGGAAGAGUCACCUGGCGACAUCAGCGAGGACUGUCUGUUUAUCAAUGUUUUCAAGCCAUCCACAGCCACAUCUCAAUCGAAACUACCCGUUUGGCUCUUCAUACAGGGUGGGGGCUACGCAGAAAAUUCCAAUGCCAAUUACAACGGAACUCAAGUCAUCCAAGCAUCUGAUGACGUCAUCGUAUUUGUAACAUUCAAUUAUCGUGUUGGAGCCCUGGGCUUUCUGGCCAGUGAGAAAGUGAGACAAAAUGGGGACCUAAAUGCCGGGCUGCUAGACCAGCGAAAAGCCCUCAGAUGGGUCAAACAAUACAUCGAACAGUUUGGGGGGGACCCUGACCACAUCGUGAUCCAUGGGGUAUCGGCGGGUGCUGGCUCCGUUGCCUACCAUCUAUCCGCUUACGGUGGGAAGGACGAAGGGUUAUUCAUUGGUGCCAUCGUCGAGUCGUCUUUUUGGCCGACCCAGCGAACAGUGUCGGAGAUGGAGUUCCAGUUCGAACGGUUCGUCAAUGAUACCGGUUGCUCUUCUGCUCGUGAUUCCCUUGAGUGCCUGCGAGAACAAGACAUUGCAACCAUUCAGAAAGGAAAUACUGGAUCUCCCUUUCCAGGGGGAAGUAGCUCUCCACUACCGGACUGGUACUUCCUCCCUGUUACCGACGGCAGUCUAGUCCCGGACGAGUUGUACAAUGCUUUCGACGCAGGCAACUUCAUCAAGGUUCCCGUCUUGGUGGGCGACGAUACCGACGAAGGGUCUAACUUCGCCUACAACGCCAGUAGUAGCGCCGACGUGUCGCGCUUCUUCAAGAAUAAUUAUCCAAAUCUAACUUCCCAGCAACUCAACGAAAUCAAUCAGGUUUAUCCUCGCGGCAAAUUGUUACCACGGCACGCAGCAUACUUUGGUGCUUCCUCUGCAGCAUACGGAGACGCAACAUUUACUUGUCCUGGAAAUCAUGUAGCGUCAUCAGCUGCCAGAUACUUACCGAACUCAGUGUGGAACUACCGGGUCAACAUCAUCGAUGAAUCAAAUAUUGCUGGUGGCAUCGGUGUCCCGCACACGUUCGAGCUACCCGCGAUUUUCGGAGCAGGGUCAACCGGCACUCUAAGCAGCGACUCGUCGUAUCUAACUUAUAAUGCAGCUAUAAUCCCCGUUACGAUGCAUUACUUCAUCAGCUUUGUCCAGACACUGAAUCCCAAUACGUAUCGAUAUGCAACGGCGCCGGAGUGGAAUACAUGGGGGAACGGGCAGCGUCUCCGGCUGCAGACUAACGAUACUGCAAUGGAGGCAGUACCAGAGAGCUCGCUUCAGGAUUGUGCGUUUUGGAAAAGCCUAACCGUGCCAAUGGAGGUAUAG